AUAGCUUCCCCAUCCAUCAUAAUUCCAAGGCUGAGGAUAGCUCACAAGAAGAAGAGGAACACUCUCCAGUCUCCUGCAGAGCAAUGUCUUCCUCUUCCAUGGCCUUGUUUUCUCCUCCAUCCCAUUUCUCUACGCUCUCUCCCUCUUCGACCCACAGAACCCACUUCUCCUUCACGGCCUUCCCAUCUCUCCGAACCAGAAACCCCACUUUCACCACCAUCAGGGCCGCUGCUGACAAUGGCGCCGGAAUUUCAGCUGCCGUUGCUGUAGAAACCGCCGUCCAACCGAAGGAUCCAGAGCCGGAAGAGCAGGAGAGCCUCGCUGCCGGUGCUAAUGGGUCCGUGGCGGCUGCCGAAGAAGUGGAGGUGGUGAGCAAAUUUGAAGACCCCAAGUGGGUUAAUGGGACUUGGGAUUUGACUCAGUUUCGGAAAGAUGGAAGUACCGAUUGGGAUGCUGUUAUUGAUGCCGAGGCUAGGAGGAGAAAAUGGCUGGAAAACAAUCCAGAAUCAUCAAGCAAUGAAGACCCCGUAGUAUUUGAAUCAUCCAUAAUUCCUUGGUGGGCUUGGAUUAAGCGCUACCAUCUCCCUGAGGCUGAGCUACUCAAUGGCCGUGCGGCCAUGGUGGGGUUCUUCAUGGCUUACUUUGUUGAUAGCUUGACUGGGGUGGGACUAGUAGGUCAAAUGGGCAACUUCUUCUGCAAAACUUUGUUAUUUGUAGCUGUGGUGGGAGUUCUUUUGAUCAGAAAGAAUGAAGAUAUAGAGACUAUAAAGAGGUUGAUUGAUGAGACAACAUUUUAUGACAAGCAAUGGCAAGCAACUUGGCAGGAUGAAACCUCAGCCAAAAAGUAAUAUAGAACAUAGUUGUCUUGUCUGUUCUUGUUUUUAAUUAAUUUAUGUUUGUGUUCUGUAAGAAUUGAGCUAAGUAGAGAAGGAGGAUAAUAUGUGAGCUCUGAAAGAUAUUGAAUUUUAGGCCUCAGAUUUUUAUUAAUGUUAGGAUUUCUUUCUUCAAUGAAAAUGUCUCUCUAUAAUUAUUGGUUUUUCUGGAAAUAUGAUUGACAAGGUUCAUA